GCACCCAACACCGAUCUCCCUCCUUAUUCUCGCCAUAAUACUCCGGCCGGUGGUCGACUUACGCCUCGCGAACCGACAGAACAUGUCUUUCAGAUAAUGAGCAACAAAGACAAGCCUUGGGCGACUCUAAAGGUGUUUAGCAGCGCUAAAUCUGCAAAGUCAUUGCCAACUUUCUAUGAAAAAGAAACUAUAAAUGGCGUAGUUGAACUUGAGGUCGAGCGUGGAGAUUCCAUACAAGCUGUCAAUGCAACGGUGACAGGUCGGGUUAUAACCGGUGCUGGAAUGGACGACGUGUGUUCCUUUCUGAACAUUACCAUUCCAGUCUGGACGAAGAACGGAAACAGUCGCUCGCCCUCACCGGCGUCCGAAAACAAUAAGCUCUGUGGUCGGCAUACAUUCCCCUUCUCUAUUGUCCUUCCUCGGACAGUUUCUUUGACGGUUCGGGAGCCAAAGACCUUUCGUUUACCUGAAACAUUUCUCGAACGCCAUACGCCCGCCACGGUACAGUAUGAUCUCAUAAUCACGAUAUCUCGAGGCAAGAUGCGUUCGGAUAGCCAUAUUAAGACAGCUUUCGGAUAUGUCCCAAGUUCACGACCAGAUGCUCCGUCCGUUCUCCGGCAAGCAUCGUACUCCGAAAACCUACCUCUCAUGGGUCCUGACGUUGACCCUGAGGGGUGGAGAACCCACGACCCGGUUGUAAUUCGAGGUAUCAUGUUCAAAACGCGUCCAGUUCAAAUUGAAUGCACAAUCUCUUUCUCCAAACCCUUAUCUUAUACUCGCGGCAGUGUGAUACCCUGUAUGAUGAGAUUGGAAGGAUCUGAUGAGUCUGCUCUCGAUGCACUUUCGGCCCCCAGUUCCAUAGCUGUUUCCCUUCGAAGACAAGUGAGAUACUCUUCUAAGGGUUUGUCAAGCAAGCAGAAAGAGCAGUUUGAAGAUGUCGGCAUCGCUGUAUGGUGGUCUACCGCCGGCAGCACCUCCCACCGGCGCUGUCUAGAAGGAGAGAUCCGACUAGCGAAAGAUUUAAAGGCGUCGUCCGAUGUGGGACACUUCUGCAUAUCUUACCAUAUUGUACUCAAUCCAUUUGACGUAGCUGGAUUUACACAUCUCAAACCUGAGCCACUUGUCAUGGAUUCUGUUAGCAUCAUGACUAUGCAUGCGAAGGGCCCGCGCCCCCUGGCUUAUUCUCCUCCCGCUUAUGGCCCCAUAUCACGCCAAAUGAACGACACCUUCUCAGUCAUGCGCCAGAUGACCCUCACUACCACCGUCAUCGGCUAGGCGUUAUGACAAUCCUUAUGAUUUCACAGGUGGGUCGCUGGCCGACGUAAGUGCUGAUGCAUGCAUCACACUUUUAUCCACAUGUUGAACUAUGUACGUUGCGACAAUUCGCGUUCCUACUUUAUUACUACGUAUAUGAUCUUGUAGCUUUGCAACUAUUUUCCUAGCCAAAACGCGUUUCGAUCAGGGACAGAUCCUCAUGCUAUCUAUUCUUCAAGAUGCGUUUCCUUUCACGAGAAGAGGAGACAGCUUACUCCCUA